ACGGGAACUUGCGCUCUACGUCAUCACUUCUGUAAAAUCUAGCCGUCAGCUUCACGGAGCGAUCCUAUGCUAGAAACAAGGAAUAAACUAAAAACUAAACAGUUACACGGCGCAACGGGUAGAAUGGAGUAUAGCGGUUGUGACCAAAAUGUAUAAGACGACAGGUCGAUAUCAUGGUGGCCUGCAUGAUUUGUAUCAGCGCCUUCCAAGGAUUUUUCACCUCCACUCCGACAUUGGGGACUCGAACAGGACAAAAUGGCGCGGUCUUACUUGUCAUCAUGGGUAGGUUACCCCAUCUCACGUAAGUUGCAGCUUUCCAGACGAUGGCCGUGGAUUCUUCUUGGAUGUCAGCUGUUAUGUGUAUUCCUGUAUCUGCUCUUGUCGACACUCGCAGUCAAGCACAAUUCUGUUGAAGGAGAAACGUGGGCGAAGGGUCAUAGACCUAUAGUUCCAGAGCGCGUGGUUUGGAAUCGAACCUCCAACAAUACCUGGGAGGUGGACUUCCCGCCAGAGCACGUGUGGGGAAAAGAUUCUAUAGCUGUUGUGAAUGAUCCUGCUGGUGGGAAAGAAAAUGUUCUGAGAGUCCACUUCACCAAGAAGCACUACUGGGGUUCUCCAGACAAUCCCGUCGGCGGUGGUUUCCUUUAUCCUCCUAUUCCUCCCGAAACCGCAAUGCUGAUGUCUUUCGACAUCUAUUUCAGCUCUAACUUUGAUUUUUCCAAGGGUGGAAAGCUUCCAGGUUUGUGGGGUGGCAAUGUGGAUGCUUGUGGCAGUGGCAGCUACACCGAAGACUGUUUCACACUUCGCUUCGUCUGGAGAGAAGGGGGUGUAGGAGGGAUUUUCGCCCACUUGCCACGUGACCAAUCACCGGACUUUUGUGACCGCCCUGACGUCAUGUGCGAGACAUCGUGGGGGCUGGGCCUGGGGCGGGGCACUUGGACGUUCAAGAAAUCCAGGUGGCAGAGGAUUUCGAUGUACGUCAAGCUCAACAUACCUGGUCACCAGGACGGAUACAUAAAGGUGUUUGUCGACGACGAGGUGGUGUACGAGGCGAGGGACAUCUCGAUGAGGGUUAAGUACUCUGUCAUGAUAGUCGGAAUGUUCUUCCACACUCUGUCACUGGGCGCCCAUGACUCGGAUCUAGGUGCCACUCAGAGCUGCUACAUGUACUACAGAAAUUUCUUCUUCUCCAGGGACAGGAAACCACCGCCAUUGAGCGCCAGUUGAAGGGAGACAACUGUGAUCUUCUCAUAAAAUGGGAGACAACUUUAACUGUCUAGUCUGAGAAGGGGAAACAACUGUGGAUUUAAAAUAAAAUUUUA